AUGAGUUCCAUCUCUGAUGAUGUCGACGUGGAAAAUCCAGGCUCAUAUGACGGAUCGCAGCAUUAUGUUAUCACUCAUCUUGAACAAUCUUUAACCGAAAAGGAGCACAUAGGCGAAGUUUGGUCAGCCCCCUUCACUUUCUGGCUCACUAUUUCUCAACCACUUCACGAUCAAGACGUCGAGAGUUCGCCAUCUAAAAAUGUUAUCGAUAUUGCGCUUUCAGCGCAAUACCUUGACCCUGCCAGGUCCUCCGGUGUUCAACCCUACCUUACUUCUGUGGUAAAUCGUCUUCCAGAUUUCGUGGUCCCGACCUCUUGGGUCUCGACCUACGAAAUGUGGAGGAUCCAUUUGCACUAG